CCUCCUAGUUUCCACCCACGCCAUUCCAAGGGUAUAAAAGUUGCAAUGUGGGGGUUGCGAGUCAGUUAUUCAGUUGCAUUUAGCUAGAAUAGACGUUCGCAAUGUUCGAUAGAAAGUUAGUUUUUGCUCUCGUUUUCGUCGUUUUUGCCACUUUAGCGGUCGAAGGCAGGUAUCUACCAACGAGGUCCAACGGGGACAGGAUCGAAAAACUCCGCGAGUUGCUCAAAGACUUGUUCGAAAAUGAGGUCGAGAAAGAAGAGUACCAGGCCGACGCGCCCCCGCGGUGGCACCCCGAAAGCAAGCUCUUCUACAAACGCGAGGCCCCCGCACACUAGACCACCCCCACAACGACAAGGCAACGGACACGGAACACGAUUUUUAAACAUUCAAUGUCAUAGGUAGACACAUUUUAAACUUUAUUUUAUUACCGACAAGAACAAUUAUUUUUGUAAAUAAGUGGCCCCCUGAUUGACAAUAACGCCACGACCCUUGAUAAGCAAUUAUGUAGUUUUAGGGAAUUGUGUCAAUUACUUGACAAUAUUAUCAUUUUAGAAUUGAUUGAGAGACCGUCCCGAGGGAGGUUGUCGGUAAUAAAGCUCUUUAUUGCAAUUUGUGAAGCAAUAUUUUGACGAAACUUUUAAUAAGUGUGUCAUUUGUAAUAUCCUAAGGUGUCUUAUUAAAGUGUUACAUGGAAUAUGUGCAUGGGAAUAAAAAUAUAUGAACAUCCAA